AUGACAUCUUCUCCCACCACCCAGAGCUCUUCUCCAAGCUCUCUUCCCUCUCCGAUGCGUCAAGCGCGUCUCCGUCCUCCGGCGCGUUCUCGUCCUCCUCUCGAUCCACCGCUGCGUUGGUCCCUCUCAUGCCGCUUGAAGCUCUCUUUCCGCCGGAACCGCCAGAACCACUGGAUCGUCGGGUUCUCCCUCGUGACGCAUCCCUUCUCCCUCGUCUUCCUCCUCUGCCUCCUCUGCCUCCUCGCCUCAUGGCUGUUCCUCUACCUGUUCCGCCCCUCUGUUCAGCCGAUCGUCGUUCUCAGUCGCGCGUUCUCCGAUCGCGAGACGCUUGGGUGUUUAAUCUUGUUUGGGUAG